GAGUGAGGGGGUGAGGCUGUCAGGGAGAGGGAAACGAAGGAGUAAGCAAGAUUGUGCCUGCAAACACAGAUUCACUCUCUCAGAGUGCGGCUGACACAAGAAGACAGACAUGGUUGCAGACUAGCUGGAAGACGAAACAAGGAACGAGUGAGAAAACAAGCCAUCAGCAGCCAACCUUGGCCACCUUAUCUUUUCCAUCUAUAUACGGAAACCACUGGAUAAUUUAUAAGCCUCUCCCUCUCACUCUGUGUGAGUGUGUGUUAGACAGAGACAGAGAGGGAGGGGGGGGAUCGCUGAGCUCACCACCACCAUGCUGAGUCCUGCUACUGUCAGUGCAGCUGCUGCAGCUGUCUGGCUGCUAGCAAUGCUGGGCCCAGGCCUGUCUCUUCCAGCUGAGGAUAACUCAGAGCCAAAUUUCACCCUCUGCAGCGACUGCUUCUACAGACAGACGCCUCCUCAGGGAGCCUCUGCGGGGUCGCUGCUGCGCCCAAUGUGCCACAGACUGUCUGGGGGACAGGCGUUUGCCACUCUGUCCAGGCCGACCUGUGACAUGGCUGUCUACUCUGCCUUCCAUCUCAGCCAUGGAUGGACAGAGUGGGAGGGAGAGGAGGGGGAAGAGCUUGUGACAGAGAAAGAAGAAGACUUUAUUAAAGUAUCAGUGCCAAGUCUUCUCCGAAGAGGCGGGGAUCCAAGUCAUCCUGUCUCGCCCGCAGACUUCCCUCUUCAACACUGGGACUCAACAGUCACAACACUGGUCCAGUCAAGCAUUGCUCCCCAGUGCACCACUUUAGGGGGUCAUCUGUUCAUCCUGACUGGAGCUGGAGGCUUCAGGGCUGCUGAAGAUGGAGACAAGGAGUGUCAGAUAAAGCCGCUGUGGUCUGCAGUGUGCUGCGCUGUCCCAGAGGGGAAGGAUAACUUUAUUGUGGGGUUAAUCAGUGAGACAGGGGAGGGGGAGAGGCAAGUGCCAGUGAAGGAACUGGAGGAGAUGCUAGGAGUGACGGAUCUGUUUUUUGAAGGCUGUGGAGGAGGUAAAGAAGAGGCUGUUGGUAUCAGCGUGGGGAUUCACAGUGAGGGCCUUCCUGUAAAUACAGAAAAAAUAGAAACAGACGCUACUGGUGAAGAGGCAGAUGAUACAAGUCUGGAUUCAGGCACUGCUGACCAAGAUGCAAGUCCAGACGUUGAGGAACCCAGAGAGGCAUCGAUAACUCAAGAGCAGGUGGCGGCUGGUGACGAUGCCCAGUCAGAGAAAACUGACUGGGCAUUGGGGGCUGGUGAUGAUACCCAGUCAGAGAAAACUGAUGAUGCUGAUGCCACAAGAGAGACUUCAGCAGAUGCAAUGACUUCUGAGAGCAGCAGUAACAAACAGCAAGAUGUGACACAUUCAGAAACGGUCAGGUCAGAGUCUCCUGAGUCUUUAGGUAACUAUGAAUCCGUUGAUGAGCAAGAGACGGACACAAAUUCCACCAGCACUCUGAUGUACAUCCUCUCCACCACUUUGUCCAUCCUCAAAGCUCCGCUGCACCCUGUGGUCUCUACAGUCACACAGUUACCUGGACAGGUGACCUACGUUCUAGAGAAAGACCUUGGAGUUCUUUCCGCCCUGCCUGGAGAGACCUUCGCCUUUUUCCACCUCUUGACCUCUGACCUCCUAUCAUGGAUGCGAUCGGCAUCAGAAAUGCUCCUAUCUAUUGGGGAGACCUGCUUCUUCAGCGUUUACAACUGUGCCUCAGCCAUGCUGGAGGCCCUGCUGUGCAGCUGCCACACUGGGGUCACUGGCAUGGGUACCCUGGCUGGAGACACAGUAGGGAUAUUUAGUGAUGUGUUUGAUAAUGCUUGGUGGGUGACCAAGUUCUUUGGGGGGCGACUGUGGGAGCAGAGUGAGGGUUAUGUGGGAACAGUGGCAUCAGAGAUGGGGGGUCAAGUGCAAGCUGUAGGCGGAGGGUUGGGGAGACUGGCAUGGAGGAGUGGAAGUGGAGUGGGCAAUGUAUUCAGGACGGUAGCGGGUGUGAUAUUAGGAGUGAUUAAUGUGGUCAAUGCCGCAAUAGGAGAGGCCUUUGGAAUGAAUGAAGAGUAAAAAAGACAAGAUCACGCCAUUAACAAACUUCUUUUCUCCUGUUUUAGCUUGUAAAUUUUAUCAGAAUAUGGGAGUGUGAAUUUAAAAAAAAUGGAGCUGAUAUAAUUUGAUGUGCCUUAGUUCUUAUAGAAGGACUGCCAGGUCUUGUUAGGUCAAGUGUAACAAAUUUUAAAUGUUGUACACUGUAGGUCUUGCUCUUCACUGUGGAAAGCUUGCUGCCCAACUAAUCUGAGAGCUGAACUAACUGACACACUGUGCUUUUGGAUGUAACUGCUCAAGACAACUCAUGUGUGAUAACUACUGUGUAUGUGCAUUUGAAUUAAAGAGAAUGCUGGGUUACUAUUGUAACAUGUGC